CGCGCUGAGGUUCCUAGCUGUCACCAGCCACCUAAUCUCAUUGUACCGGAGUCCAUAUGAAGGUGAGGGAGGUGUCGCGUAGUUCUCCAUUUACCUGAGACACCUGUGCCCCCUGUGUUGUUAGCACACACACACACACUCCCGCCGCGAGAGGACGAGAACCCGACCGCUACAAGUGCGUGUCCAGAAUGAAGAAGCUCCGGGUGCUGUGGCUGCUCCUCUGGAUGUGCGCGGUGUACGCCGUGGGCAUCUACCUGUUCGUCGGUGGCUUCCUGCUGGUGAGGCUGGAGGUGAACAGGACCAGCACCUGCGGGGACGUGCUGCAGCCCGGAGAGGAGCCGAAGGACUUCUGCCGCGUGCGGCCGCGUUUCCGCCGGGCCGUCCUCCUCAUCGUCGACGCCCUCAAGAUCGACUUCGCCUGGUUCGACCCCAACAACGCGGUGCCCCGAGCCUACGAGAACAAGCUGCCCGUGCUGGAGGAGACGGUCUCGUCCAGGCCCGCCCACAGCCGCCUGUACCCGUUCCGCGCGGACCCGCCCACGACCACCAUGCAGAGGAUCAAGGGCUUCACUACCGGCUCCCUGCCCACCUUUGUGGACGUGGGCAAUAACUUCGCGUCCACCGCCAUCCUGGAGGACAACCUCAUCCACCAGUUCGGGCAAGUGGGCAAACGCGUGGUGUUCAUGGGCGACGACACGUGGGAGAACCUUUUCCCGAAGAAGUUCCACCGCUCUCUGCCCUUCCCUUCCUUCAACGUGAAGGACCUGCACACGGUGGACAACGGGAUCCUCCAGCACCUCUACACCACCAUGGUGGGGGACGACUGGGACGUCCUGGUCGCCCAUUUCCUCGGAGUGGACCACUGCGGUCACAGGUUCGGUCCCGACCACCCGGCCAUGGCCGACAAGCUCACCCAGAUGGACGGCGUAAUCAGGUCUGUGAUGGACCGCCUGCAGAACGACACCCUGCUGGUGGUGAUGGGGGAUCACGGGAUGACGGACACCGGAGACCACGGCGGAGAAAGUCAGAAGGAGACGGAUGCCGCCAUCUUCCUCUACAGUCCCUCCCCUCUGUUUUCCGCUCCGCCGUCCCAGAGUGAACCGGACGUGGUGCCCCAGACAGACCUGGUCCCCACCCUGGCUCUGCUGCUGGGGGUCCCCAUCCCGUACAGCAGUGUGGGGCAGGUUCUCCUGCCCGUCUUCCCUCCUCAUGGGCAGACGGAAGACGCAGUUGGAGGUCUCACCCAGCUGGAGGCGCUGUGGAUCAAUGCAAAACAGGUCAACCGUUUCCUGGAGACGUACUCCGGCAUGGCCAAAGACAUCCCAGCGGAGAGCCUCUCUCAGCUGAAGGCCGAGUUCUCCCGCCUCUCCUCCGAGUACCUCACCAUGGUGCGACAGCGUCGGCCCCCCUCUCCCCAGUUGGCCGGCUCGCUGCAGGCCUACCUCACCUCGGUCAGGGACACCUGCCGAGCCACCUGGGCUCGCUUCAGCCCGCUCAAGAUGGCAGCAGGUCUGGCCAUCCUGGCGUUCGCCUGCCUGACGUGUUUCGUCCUGUCCGAGCAGUCCCUCGUGCUGAUCAGGGAGGACGGCCCCGGACUGCGGGUCCCGGUCGUCACGGCGCUGAUGGCGGGGGUGUGCGCGGCCGUCGGUCAGCUGAGCAUGCGGGGCUACGUCGAGGGGGCGUGGUGCCUGGCCGCCGCCGCCCUCAGCUCGGAACUGCUCUUCCUCUGGAGAGCGCGCCGAUUCGGAACCGCCGGCUCGGAAAUGAACGGACCUAGAGCCAGCUGGCUGACCCCACGGCGCCUCCUCGCCCCCCCUCUCCUGGUGCCGCUCCUCCGCUGUGCCUCCCUGCUCUCGGACAGCUACGUGAUCGCCGAGGGCCGCGUGGUGACCUUUCUGGUGUUCUCCCUGGCUGUCUAUAUUCCCAUCCGUCUCAACUGGGACGGCCUGCUCCUGCCCCCCAGCCACGACCCCCUGAAGGUGGCGGGGUUGCUGCCCUCCCCGGCCCUGUCCCCGUCGACCGUGAGGAAGGAAAGCGGCACCCUCCUAGCCUGCUUGGGGCUUCUGGUCGGCAGCCUCUACCUCUCCCUCUCCUUCCACGCCUGUCGGGAGGAGCAGGGCUCCUGCCAGCCGUCCCCGUUCCUCUCGCCCCUCUCCCGGUUGCAGGACAACCGGCUGAAGAACCUCCACUACGUCCUCUCCGUCUUGGCCCUGGGCCUGUGGACGUAUCUGCUGCGACGCUUCCUCCGCCAUUACGGCAACCUCAACUCCGCAAGCGGGACGGUGUUCGCGGCCCGCUGGGUCCUCCUGCUGCUGUCCGUGUGCCUGGCGCUCUACUGGGCCGUCAGUGCCACCCCAGAGGACAGCUUCAGGAAUCUGGCCGAGCUGAUCGGCCUGGCCCAGCUGGCCCUCCCCAGGGUCGCCUUCUGCCUCCUGGGACUGGGGCUGUCCCUGAUCUGGCUCGACCCCCUCACCGUGUUCGCGAAGACCAGGGCUGCGGCCUCGGUCCGCAGCGCAUCCCUGCCCCCGCCGCGCUACCGAGCCAGCACGGGCAUCAGCCCCCAAGCCGAGCUGCACCACCUCAUCCCGCAGAUCUACCAGCGCAUGCGUCGCUCCCUGGACGACGGAGAGACGAGCGGGGGCGUGGAGGCGGACGGCAGGCCCGCCGUGGAGGCCUACGGACUGGGGACGGUCUACUCCGCCCCUCUGCUGCUGUUCUGUGGCCUGCUGGGGAUGGGUCUGCUGCUGCUGCACCCGGAGGCCAUGGCUCUCUCUUUCCUCCUGCUGCUGCUGGAGAUGGGGGCUCUGCUGCACAUUCACGCCUCCUCCACCACCCUCAGUGGUCUGCAUGGAACGUGUCCCGGUGGCUUCAAUGUGCCCUGGACUCCAGUGGUGCUGUGGUCGCUGGCUGCCACUCAGUUCUUCCACGCCACGGGUCACCUCCCCACCUUCCCCUCCAUCCAGUGGGGCGCCGCCUUCGUGGGAUUCCCCGACGGACACACAGGCACCGUACUGCCCGCCUCCCUGGUCACCCUCAACACCUUUGCCUCACACAUCUUGUUCUCAGCGGGUUGCCCGUUGCUGCUGUUCUGGCCCCUGGUGUGUGAGGUGCGUGGGAGCAGGGCAGGAAGAGCCUGCGGUGAGGAGGGCGAGGACGCCGCGAUGGAGAUGCGGCUCAGAGAAAACCCCCAGCAGUUCAGCUCGGCCCUCCUGCAGCUGUCCACGCGCUACCUCUUUAUUCUCGGAGCACAGGUCUUUGCGUCAGUCUGUGCCGCUGCUAUCCUCAGGAGACACCUAAUGGUGUGGAAGGUUUUCGCGCCCAAGUUGAUGUUUGAGGCCUCGGGGUUCCUGGUGAGCAGCGCGUCUCUGUUGAUCGGGGUCACACUAGUGCUGCGAGUGGACGUGGCCGUGAGCCGCUGGUUUAAGAGACUUAUCCCCGACGCCUCCAGGUAGCGACGGCACCACGGACCCCCACCAGAGCUCACUGUGCCACAGAGAAAACGGACACGGCGGUGUCACUGGAACCUGUUUUUUUUUUUUUUUUUUUUUUUUUUUUUUUUUUAAAACUUGGAUCCUUCACAAUAAGACAACAUUGCCAUCUGUGUCUAGGAUCCCCACAAACAUGUCACGGGAGGUUGCCACUUAUUGUAGCUCCGUUGAGGGUUACGUCGUGCAUUACUGACCACGCCUCCUCUUCAGCCAGAGGAACAUCAAAUCUCAGACUGACUGCAUCCUGAGUCACAUUGAAGAUGUUUUUUUACAAAUAUAAGACGAUAAGCUUGUAGACCGCCUCAAUCGGCUCAUGAGGUUGAAGGCUUUCAUGUAACGCGGUCGGAGAAGGAACAGCAGUUUCUGAAUGUCUCUCCUAAACUCCUGUUUUCUUAACUUGGAGGAAACCUUUCGAGGCCAGACAGACGGUGCAGCAGCCAAAAGAGCUUCACUAGAUCCAUACAGGAAGCAGUGUACACUAGUUGCAUAGCGGUCACAGCUGGAUAGCAACAGCCUUUAAACAAAGAUUGGCCUGUUGCAAGUUGAAUAUAAAGAGAAUAAAUAAAUAAAAUGAGCACCCGAUGUCUGGAGCUGCUUCAUGAUCUACUUGUAAGCAGAUCGGCUCCAUUUGGUGAAAUGGAUCCCAAGUGCUGGAGAAACAUUUCCAUUCUUUUUGUUUUGUACUUUUUGUAUUUUCAAGAUGUUGAGAUAACAUCUGGUUACUGCCAAUUCACAUAGUAUUGCUGUGAACUUUUUUUAUUUUAUUUUAUUUUUAUUACACAGUUUUGGGUUCUUAAUUUCUUCUGAUUCCUUUUUAUAAUUCAGAUUCUUUUUAUCACUAAUGAUACGUUUAAAAAAUAACUAAAUCUCAAAUUAAAGUUUCAUCUCAACUAGGCCUCGUACAGCUUUUGUCUGGAAAAGGUGCCUAGCUUUGACCAAUGCCCCUCCCUCCCCUCUCCCUAUGAUGUCAUUACGUUGACAUCAUUAAAUCCCAGAAACGCCGGCAGUUGAUUUAUUUGUGCAGCAGGUCUGAGUCCGUGUCCGCCGUGCAGCAGCUGCAGCUCGUUAGCUAAUGCAUGAUGUUGAAUUGGCUCCAAAGCAAUCGUACUGAUGGUUGUACGGGAGCGACUGGUCCUCUAGAAUGCUGUAGUGAUGACGGGGCACUUUUUCCUGUUUUAAAAUGUUUAAUAUAUUAAUAUCUGAUUUUUAAGUUUUUCAUUCUGUAAAAUGUAAUAAAAC